GGUAGAGAAGACGGUGGUUCAGCAUGGAUCAAAGAAGAUAGUAGGGGAAGGCAGCCGAACGUGGGAUAGGAUGGCUUUCUUGGACAACCCGACCAUUAUCCUGGCUCACAUCCGACAGUCGCAUGUGACCAGCGAUGACACGGGAAUGUGCGAAAUGGUCCUCAUUGACCACGAUGUCGACCUGGAAAGAUUCCAGCCAGCUUCGGCCAACGGGGACAGCAGUUCAGAAAGACAGGGCAGCAACGGCGAGCCUCAGGGUUACGUGUAUUCUCAGUCAGUGGACAUUACCUCAAGCUGGGACUUUGGCAUUCGAAGGCGCUCAAACACAGCUCAGAGACUCGAACGAUUAAGGAAAGAGAGGCAAAAUCAGAUCAAAUGCAAAAAUGUGCAAUGGAAAGAGAGAAAUACAUCCUAUUCUGCUGAGGAGCUGGGCCUUCUCUUUGAGAAGAAGAACUUCAAGUUAAAGCCUCCCCACGCUGCCAUGAAGCCAUCAAUCCUCUCAGUCCGACUGGAACAGUGUCCCUUGCAAUUGAACAAUCCAUUCAAUGAAUACUCCAAGUUCGAUGGCAAGGGCCACAUUGGCACUACCGCAACGAAAAUAAUUGACGUCUACCUCCCACUACAUGCCAACCAGGACAAGUUGCAACCUAUGACUGUGGUGACAAUUGCCAAUGCCAAGGUGCAGGACUUGAUUGGGCUCAUCUGCUGGCAGUAUACGAGCGAAGGACGGGAACCCAAGUUGAAUGACAACGUCAGUGCUUACUGUCUCCAUAUUGCUGAAGAUGAUGGUGAAGUUGACACAGAUUUCCCACCCUUGGAUUGCAAUGAACCCAUUCACAAGUUUGGCUUCAGUACUUUGGCCUUGGUCGAGAAGUAUUCAUCACCGGGCUUGGUGGCCAAGCAGUCCCUUUUUGUUCGAAUAAACGCCGCGCAUGGAUUCUCCCUGAUCCAGGUGGAGAGCAUGAAGGUCACCAUGAAGGAUAUUUUGCAAAAGGCUUUGAAGCGAAGGAAAGGGUCACAGCGAGGCUCAGGGCCUCGAUACCGCCUGGAGAAACAGAGCGAGCCAAACGUUCCCGUUGACUUAGACUGUACCUUGGAGAGCCAGAGCACUCUGGAAUUCUGCCUCGUCCGCGAGAAUAGCGGAGGCUCGAGAGGCGAGGAGAUCUCGGAGGAGGAUCCACAGAUUGACAUCGCGACUGUCCAAGAUAUGCUAAGCAGCCAUCACUACAAGUCUUUCAAAGUCAGCAUGAUCCACAGACUCCGGUUCACCACGGACGUUCAGUUAGGUAUUUCAGGGGACAAGGUGGAGGUGGAUCCUGUGACCAAUCAGAAAGCCAGCACAAAGUUCUGGAUUAAGCAGAAGCCGAUCUCCAUUGAUUCUGAGCUCCUCUGCACUUGUGAUCUUGCUGAAGAAAAGAGCCCAAGUCAUGCAAUAUUUAAGCUCACAUAUCUAAGCAACCAUGACUACAAGCAUCUCUACUUUGAGUCGGACGCCGCCACCGUCAACGAGAUUGUGCUGAAGGUGAACUACAUCCUUGAAUCUCGUGCAAGCACAGCCCGUGCAGAUUACCUGGCCCAGAAGCAAAGGAAACUGAGUCGCAGGACCAGCUUCAGCUUCCAGAAGGAGAAGAAAACAGGACAGCAAUAAAGGCUAGGCUGGCCUGGAGCCAAACUGAAGAGACACUGUCUGCUCGGGGCCAAGCAGGAGAUGAUGCCCUCAGUUGCCUGGGACAGGA